AUUGAAACAUAACAUGAAGGUGGCAAUCACGUUAGCAAUAUUUGGCAAAACAAAUUAUUCAAAUGCAGUAUUGUAGUAGCACCCACGUUAGGAUCUCCAAAACUCAAACCACACAAAUGCCACACCAGUAACCGUAUAUAUAGUACCAAAUACAAUACUCUAAACCACCAAACAAUCUUUCCAACUUCCUCAUCUUAAGGCCUUCCGAGAAGAUGGCGAGCAGCCGACUCAACAGCCUCGUUUCAUUUCUUGUCCUCUCAUUGGCUGUUUCCUCAACAACUGCACACGAAAAUGGCACAAACACACACAAACCAGUAGAGAAGCAUGUUGACGUUGUGGUAGAAGGAGUUGUCUACUGCCAGAGCUGUGAUCAGUAUGGAACAUGGCCUCUGACGGGAGCAGAGCCUAUUGAAUCAGCCACGGUUAGUAUCAUCUGCAAAGACCACAGAAACCGAGUCAGUUUCUAUAAGGCAUUCCAUACGGACAACAAUGGAUAUUUCUAUGCACAGCUUCUAGGAUUCAAGAAGAGCCAUGCUCUAUUGGAUCAUCCUCUUCACUCAUGCCACGUAAAAUUGGUAUCAUCACCACUUGAAAACUGCAAUCUUCUCUCCAAUAUCAAUUAUGGACUCUAUGGUGCUCCACUUCGUUAUGAAGAUAAGAAACUCAUAGGAACAAAUUACGAGGCUGUGAUAUAUGCUGCAGGCCCCUUGGCUUUCCGUCCAGCACAUUGUGCUCCCAAGGAACAACCAUGAGUUGAACACUAGCUCCCCUUAAACCUGAGGAAUAAUUACACUCUACAUUCAUUUUUCUACCAUUUACCUGAUUUGAUUCAGUGUUUUCAACUAAUAUUGAGCCUGUAAGCUGUGAAUCAUUUUAUAGUUUUAACUUCUUUUUUUGUUCUGUUAC